AGCUGAAGCUCGGUUCUGUUGGCAGAAGCUCAGCGCUCCUUCUCCUCCGCGCACCUCCGCCUCACUUCCAGCUCCUCUUCCGCCUCCAUGCUCGGCUUCGCGGCGGAGCGCCCCUGGCAGGUUGACCACGUGAACAAGCAGGCGUCGGCGGCCAUGGAGCAGAAGCCGUGCGUCGAGUACCACGACCUGGAGGCUGCCGAGGCGCUGGUCAGCAUGAGCUUCUGGUGUCAAAGGCCACAGAAGCCCCGCCCACUGACCCCCACCUCCGACUCCUGUGACUCCAUCCAGCUCCAGCCGGAGAGGGGGGACACUCCCAAAGACCUGAUCGCCCUGUCCUCACUGUGCAUGACUCCGCCUCAGAGUCCGAGCUUCGCCGAAGCCUCCACCACGACUGUCCUCACCACGACCUCUGCUCUAAGCCCCGCCUCCAGACAUGUCUUGCUCCGCCCCGGUCUCGCCUCCCCCCCGAUCACCUCGGAGACGUCAGUGCUCCCACUCCCCGCCGAGUCCUCCUGCGUGGCUCCGCCCAGCAAAGCCAUGGCCACCAGCGUCAUCCGCCACACGGCCGACAGCCUGGGCGUUCCCGCCCCGCCUCCUUCCGCCCUGCCCACGGAAACGUUUGUGACGCCUCCAGAGGACCCGCCCUCUUUGUCCCCCGUCAGCCCGCCUUCCCCCCCCCACGCCGCCUCGCCGUCUUCCUCCGCGCUCGCCUCCUCGCCCGUCCUCUGCCAGGUGUUCCCGGUAAGCAGCCAGGCGGGGAUGAUCUCUGCCUUCGUCCAGGCUCCGGUUCAGGUCCAGACUCAGGGGGGGCCCAAACCCAUCCUGCCCCAGACCCCUCCUCCUGGCUUUGCCCAGCCCCUGCUGGUGGGCUCCACGGUGCCGCAGGGGACCGUCAUGUUCGUGGUGCCGCAGGCGUCCGUGUCCCAGCAGCCCCAGGGCCCACAGACUGUCAUGACCCUGGGCAACACCAAGCUCCUCCCCCUGGCCCCCGCCCCCGUCUACAUGCCGUCUGGAGGCAACGGCGGCGCCACGCAGGCCGAGUUCUCCCGCAGACGCAACUACGUGUGCACCUUCCCCGGCUGCAAGAAGACGUACUUCAAGAGUUCCCACCUGAAGGCUCACCUGCGCACGCACACAGGUGAAAAGCCGUUCAGCUGCCACUGGGAGGGCUGCGACAAGAAGUUCGCCCGCUCCGACGAGCUCUCCCGCCACCGCCGGACGCACACGGGCGAGAAGAAGUUCGUGUGCACCGUGUGCGACCGCCGCUUCAUGCGCAGCGACCACCUGACCAAACACGCCCGGCGGCACAUGACGAGCAAGAGGGCGUCCUCGUGGCCCGCCGACACUCGAGACCUCGCCAAGAGCCAGAACAGGGGCCCCGCACUUCCUGUUGGCGUGCUGGUCCCCGCCGCCAACUGAGAGGCUCGGGGCCGGCUCAGGACUCUUGGGGGGGUCAGACUCUAAACUGUGACUGGGAGACUCGAUGGGCACCACCUGCUACAUCAGGACGUUUCUCCACCGUCUGCUGGUCCGGGCUGCGUUUACACGACUCAGAACCGGGUCACGUCACCCGCUGAGCUUCCUGUAGAGACGUGCGCCCAGACCCGCUCUGCAAACACGCACACAUUCGUAUCAGAUCCAAGUGCUGCCAUAACCCGGACCGGGUCCUUCAGCGUGGGGGGGCACGCCUCCCCCGCCUUCUCAGGACAUUUUCUUACCACAACCACAAAACUCUGAACAGGAAGGAGGCGACCGGCUGCUGCUCGUCCACACGGAACCAACAGAA